GGUGGGUGCGGACAGCCGGCAGUUUGGGGCGUGAUUGGCUGGAAAGCCUUGAAACAGGGGCGUGCGGUGAUGUGUGGCGCUGAGCCGGUGCGCUGCCUGUUCCCCACCGCCUUCUGCUAAGACCCGCCGGCGGCCCGGCCCGGCCCGGCCCUGGGGCAGCAGGCAGGGUCCGUGGCCGUAGCAAUGGCUAUGAUGAAGGGGGCGAUGGGCUGCCCUGUGGCUAACAUCAUGGAGGAGACCUUCAGCUGCACUGUCGCCAACCGCUUCUACCAGCUGCUGGACGAUGAGUCGGACCCUUUGGACAACCUCUGCGAGGCCGAGCGCCGCCAGCAGCAACGCAAGAACCUCAACAAAGUGGUGGCCCGGCAGGGCAGCCCCAGUGGCAGAGAGGUUACCGCCAAGAGGGAGCCCCAGAAGCAGCGCAAGCAGCUCGGAUGCGAUCCAGGCCGAGUGCUGCGGGCAGCGGGAGUGUGGCGAGAUCCGAGGGAGCUUCCGCUGAGGGAGAGGCGGUCGGACUGCGCCGAUGUGAGUCCGGGCCUCUGUGCUGCAGACAGUCAGAAGCAAGCACCUAAACAAGAAGAGUGUGGAGGAAAAGACAAUAGCAGAGCAGAGAAACAAGACAAAACUGAAUGGAGGCCGUUAUUCAUGGAAUACUCAUCUUAUGAAACAGAAAGUCAAGCAGAACUCACAGCUAAGAGUCUUUUUAGACCUAUUGAGAAAUUAGACUAUGAAAGGCCAAGAGGAUGUGGAAGAGGAAGAGAUGAAAUGCAAGGUAGAGGAAGAGGUGGUGGAAUAAACAAGUUUGAUGGCUUUGACCACAGAGGAAAAUGGGUAUUUGAAAGACAAAGUGGCAGUGAUGAAAUUGAACUGUGUGAAACUGCUCCAAUGGAAGCAACUGCAAAAACAGCUAAGUCUCCAGAGAUGUCUGAAGGAGAAUCUCUAAACAAAGUUGCUGAAGGAAAGCCAAUGGAAGAAGUAGUUCAAGAAAUGACAUUAGAUGAGUGGAAAAAUCUUCAGCAACAGAAUCGACCGAAGCAUGAAUUCAACAUCCGGAGGCCAGAAUCCACUGUUCCUUCCAAAGCAGUGGUGAUUCACAAGUCAAAAUAUAGCAGUGAUAUACAAAAGGGAGAGCUUGAAGAUGAUUAUCAGAUUUUUCGAAGGGCAGUGAAUGAUAUAACAUCUCAGCUUGAUAUCAACUUUGGGAGUCUUUCUCGCCCUGGCCGUGGAUCAAGAGGAGCACGAGGUUGUGGCUGCGGCAGACAAGUUGAGGAGACACGAUCUCAACCAGAAGUAAUGGUUCAAAUUUUUGCUCCAAAUCCAGAUGAUCCUGAAGAUUUUCCUGCUUUAACAUGAAACAAAUAUCAUGAAUGGUGUUAUCAACGGAGCUUUGGUGCAGCUCUAAAGAAACCAGGUCUGUACUGGUGCGGAGGAAAAAAAAAGUCCAAGUCUACUGGAAAAGCUGUUUUGGUUGAUGGGUUUUUGUUUUUUUUUUUUCAUGUGUGAAAUGUUUGAACACAUUAAUGGAAGCGAGUUCUGGAGACAACAGUGGUCUGGAAUUCUGUUAUAGGGCCUAGUGCCUGCCUCCAUUUCUGAAAGCUGUAUGAAGGAUUGCAGUACUCAAGUAUAAGGCUUUGAAUGAACAUCAAGAGUACAGUGCUUAAAAAUGUAGAGACUAUGUCAAGUUCUUCCUGGCAGCUUAGUGAAACUGUAUGACAUGGUUUGCCAUCAGGAGUCUGUUUCAUUUUGAGAUAUGAAAGCUACUUUCUGUUUCUUUGGUUGAAGUGUAUUUUACACAUUUACAAGUUGCAGUUCUUGAGAGUUUGGCAAAUAAAACACAGUGCUUACUGGUUUGA